CAGAUCUUCAAUAAAGUUUUGAUGGAAAAUCCUGAGAUCGUGAAUAAAAUUCAAGUCGUGAAAGGUGAUGUGGUGGAAGAAGGCCUCGGCUUGAACGCAAAUGACACCAACGAAUUAGCAGCGAAUGUUGAAGUGAUAUUUCAUUGUGCUGCCAAUGUCAGAUUUGAUCAGCCUCUUCGCCCAAUGAUUCGUAUGAAUGUUGCCGGCACAUUAAAAUUACUCCAGCUAGCCGAAAAAAUGACUAGCCUUAAAACUCUCGUGCACGUGUCUACAUCAUAUUGCCAGUGUAAUGAAAGUGUCCUGGAGGAGCGCGCUUAUCCAGCACCACAAAAUCCUUACGAUAUAAUAAAAAUGGUGGAGGAAAUGAAUGAUGAUGCUUUGAAAGAAAUAACACCAAGGUAGGCAAGCAGGCAUACAUACAUAUCGUUACCUUAAUACAUAUGUAUAUCAAUGCCCUAUCUCACAUAAUCGCUGAAAUAAAAACAGCCGUAACUAACUAUAAAUCCCAACCUCACUUUUUGAUUGAUUAUGAUGAUGAUGAGGCCUUUCUAUAUUAAGGUACCGAUAUGUUCAUUUUGCAUUCAUUCUUAUGAAGAGUAUUAAAUCCAAAUUUGAAAUGUUUAAUAAAUGUUAUGAACUAAAUACCUCGCAAUUCCAUGCGAUGAUAUCGCACACGAUCUUCAAAGGUGGCACAACUCAAAAUUAUACGUUUGUCAGAAAAUGUGAAAACCAUUUCUUAAUACAUGCUAACCAUAUAUACAAGGGAGAGUUUACUUAGGGUUUUUCAACAAAUUAUAAGAAAAAUUUGCUCUGGUUUUUGCUGUAAAGUAAAUAAGACUCUUAUGUACAAUUUUAGCGAAUAAUUUCAAAAAUGCCA